CCCAUCUUCUACUUACACCACAGUAUGAUUGACCGCAUAUGGGAGUCGUGGCUAAACAACGGCGGCGAACCUGUGCUCAACGCCCAGUAUUUGAAUACGAGUUUCAAGUUUUUCGACGAGAACGGAAAGUUAGGCACUUAUUAUGUGCGCGAUUACUAUAACGCGACACGACUUCACUAUAAGUACGAUAAGCUCUUGGAAUUGCCCGAAGAGAUACCCGAGACGUUCAAUAGUAAUCCCAAACUGUAUUACUCGGUGAACGCGACCGAAGCGUUAUAUAUUAAUAGUGCGCAAACGUCCAUCAUUUUGAACAUCGAGCCAAAGUAUCACAAAGUGUACAUGGACAUGGCCCAGGGUCAGGUGAAUGAUUUACAGAUCAGGGUCGAUUUCGCGGCCACAGUAACUGAAACCCAAACGGGUUUGUUAUAUGACCUGUACCUGAAUUUGCCGCAAAACACAGAGCCCAACGAGGGUUUGCCCAACUUUAUCGGUCAGAUCUCACACUUUGGCGCCGUUUGUGUCAACCGUACGUCUCGUCAGCAGCCGUCACACUUAAACGAGUGCACCGAUAUCACCGAUAAUUUGAUCAAGGUGUUGCGCACUGAGUACAAUUAUUAUGGUGAUGUGAAAAACUAUCUCAAUCUGACAAUUGUUUCCAAAUCGUGCGAUACUGUUGUCUAUCCGCUCGAUGAAGAAUAUACUAUUAGUUUUUCGCAAAUAUUUGUCGUUCACUACUUUCCGUACAAAAACCAGAGCCAGAAAGAUAGCCAGAACAAGGAUCUGGUUCAGGACCAGGACAAAGACCUAGCUAAAAACAAAGACCAAGAACAAAAUGAUUACCAUAAACAAAAUCAUGCUUUAAGUCAGGAUACUACGGUCCAUCUAUAA